GCUCACUCUGCAAAUCCGGCUGGAGAGCAAGAUCCGCAUCAUCAGUCCUGCCAUCGAUCUGAUUGAAUUGAUCUCCGCUCGAGGAAAUACGACACUUGAGUAUGCCGUGAGUCUGACCAAGGGGAUCCGGUAUGAGAUUCAGCAGUUGGGAAGAAGGAUCGCUGGCGCGGUUGGAAAGAAGAAUGGACAUGCGCAGUCGGAGGUGGUGGCCAUCAUCAACUCGAUCAAGUUGUUGCUGCUCAAGAUCGAAGACGCUAUCCCGCUCAUCAACCUUGCCAUCACGACUUCGGGUGUCAACCUGUCGACCAAGCUAUCCGGCACCAUCAGUCCGAGUCGACUGUUGCAAGCAUCGACGUUUCUGACUGCCGCGGACACUGAAUUUACUUCAUCAGCGCAAGCAAGGCAGCAAGUCGGACCCACGUGGACGUUGAGCUUGUACAUGCUGUUUGCCGGACAUGUGAACAGAACUCUCGACGACAACGGUGUGAGAGCAACAACGUGGAAGGAAGUGGUGCAUAAAGCGAGGAUGAAGCUUUUCAGAGUUCCUUUGGGAGCACUGGGUAAUUUGCCGGGGGAUAUGCAGUACGAAUUGAGUGGAAAUGGAGUGUUUGCGGGAGAGACGGGAAGCGAUUUUGCUUACCAGCUCGCCAUCAUCGAAGAUCUGGACGAUGAUCGAGUGCAUACAAUGGAAGAGGACGGCAGUCUUCCGAGCUCGUUCGAGGAUGUUGCGAAUGCGGGUAUCCGGGAUGUUGUACCAAUCCACGAGAUCUCCAAAAUCUUCUACGCCGACACGGGCAAGAUUCUCAACAUCGGGGAGGAUGACGACGACACGAAUCGGCCGGUCUUGCUCAUCAAACGAGACAUCAAUGCUGAGCCGCCCAGACGGAUGCUCCAUCGGUCGCAGAUGUCGGAGCCACGCUUCCUCGACGAUGCGGAGAUGGGUGCGCAAGCGGACGAGCAGGACGAGAUCAAUAUACAGAUCCUGCGUGAAUCGACGCCGAGCAUUGCUGCAAACGAUCAGCAAGGCACAAUGGACGAGAGCAAGACCUGGAAGCUACCAGCCAAUCUGGAUCCGGAGUGGAUGGCUUUCGAGGUGUACACCGAGCAGUCGGACUCCGACAGCGAAGUCGAUGAGCCCCCAGCCUUUCUGCAUCCAUCACACCAGCACGCAGACUCGCCCGGAACAGCCUUCACCCACGUCUUCUCGAACAUGAAGCUCAAGUCGCCGUCUCCCCAACCCAUCGUCCACGUCGACUCUCCACAACCACAACACCCGCGCAUCAAAACCUCACUAUCACUUCUUGAGAUGCUCAUCAAACUCACCGCCUUGCAGCAAUUCCGGCAAGAGAGCCAUCUGGCCAUUGAAGACGAAUUGCUCAAUUUCUUCCUGGAAGAUAGCGCCACUGCGGGAGCAGGAAGGGACAAGGACGUCAGGCGAAAGGUCAGGAAUGAGGCAGUGAAGCGCGUGGGCUUCGAUCCUUACGACGAGAGUCCUGUGAAGCGCAGAGGGGAGGUGUACAUUGCUUCUGCACGCGCGAGGGCAGAGGGAGAUCUGCUCGAGCCUGAGGUGCGCGAAUCGAUUGAGGAGGCGUGCGAGAACUGUGGGUCGCCUUCGCCACGGUCAGUGAAGCACGCGGAGACGCCGGUGAAGAUGGGCACGCCGCCAUAUCUUAAGCCAUCUGGUCGAAUGAGCGAGAGUGUUGAACCGGAGAUGAACGGCCUGGCGAAGACGAUGUCACAGGCUUCGUUGCUUGCCACGCCUCCCAGCACGACAAAAGGCAGGCACAUGGUAUUGAGGGCGCAGAGCGAGCCCAAAGCGAGUAGUCCGCUGUCGCGGGAGUUUACUCAUGAUGACGAAGGUUGACCUCGCGGGCAUGGCAUUAUGACAAACA